CCCUGCACUCCGGAGCCCAGCAGCAGCAGCACCCGCAGGAGCAGGAGAAGCAGCAGCAGCAGCAGCAGCAGCAGCAGCACCACCAGACACGAGCUGCCGUGCCUGAGCCUCAUCGCUCAAGAAGGAUAUCCCGAAAGCCGGAGUAACGGAAGAGAAAUCCCCCCCCCCCCCAUCCCGCCUCUACACUCACGCACACAGCCAUGGCAGACAACGCCGGCUUGGAAAAUCACCGCAUCAAGAGCUUUAAGAACAAGGGGCGCGAUGUCGAGACUAUGCGAAGGCAUCGGAAUGAGGUGACAGUGGAGUUGAGAAAGAACAAACGAGAUGAGCACCUACUGAAGAAGAGAAACGUCCCACAGGAGGAGAGUCUGGAGGACUCUGACGUGGACUCGGACUUCAAAGGGCAAAAUAUUACGCUUGGUGCCAUCUUACUGAAUGCCACCAGUGACAAUGCGGUUAUCCAGCUCAGCGCCGUGCAGGCGGCCAGAAAAUUGCUCUCCAGCGACAGAAACCCCCCAAUUGACGACUUGAUAAAGUCCGGUAUCCUGCCCGCUUUAGUCAAUUGCCUGGAACGAGACGACAACCCCUCUCUUCAGUUCGAGGCAGCUUGGGCCCUGACCAACAUUGCCUCUGGGACGUCAGCGCAGACUCAAGCCGUGGUUGAAUCCAAUGCAGUGCCGCUGUUCCUGCGACUGCUCCGCUCGCCUCAUCAGAACGUAUGUGAACAAGCUGUUUGGGCUUUGGGAAACAUUAUAGGUGAUGGGCCACAGUGCAGGGAUUAUGUCAUCUCCCUGGGCGUGGUCAAACCACUGCUCUCCUUCAUUGACCCCGCCAUCCCCAUCACCUUCCUGCGCAACGUCACGUGGGUCAUCGUCAACCUCUGCCGCAAUAAGGACCCGCCCCCGCCCAUGGAAACAGUGCAAGAGAUUUUGCCUGCCCUCUGUGUGCUAAUCCAUCACACAGAUAUAAAUAUCCUCGUUGACACAGUGUGGGCGUUGUCCUACCUAACGGACGGUGGCAAUGAGCAGAUCCAGAUGGUCAUUGACUCUGGUGUCGUUCCACUUCUUGUGCCUCUCCUCAGCCACCAGGAAGUGAAAGUGCAGACUGCAGCUCUGCGAGCAGUCGGGAAUAUCGUAACCGGCACUGACGAGCAGACGCAAGUCGUUCUCAACUGCGAGGUCCUCAGAUACUUCCCCAACUUGCUCACACACCCUAAAGAAAAGAUCAAUAAGGAAGCAGUGUGGUUCUUGUCCAACAUUACAGCUGGGAACCAGCAACAGGUCCAAGCUGUGAUCGAUGCAGGACUCAUCCCCAUGAUCAUUCACCAACUUGCCAAGGGGGACUUUGGCACUCAAAAGGAGGCUGCGUGGGCCAUCAGCAACCUCACGAUCAGUGGAAGGAAAGACCAGGUGGAGUACCUGGUGGAGAAGAAUGUCAUCCCUCCCUUCUGUAACCUGAUGUUGGUGAAGGACCCCCAGGUUGUGCAGGUUGUUCUGGACGGCCUCAAGAACAUCCUCAUCAUGGCGGGCGACGAAGCCAGCACCAUCGCCGAGAUCAUCGAAGAGUGUGGCGGUUUGGAGAAGAUCGAAAGCUUGCAGCAACACAAAAACGAGGACAUCUACAAACUAGCCUUCGAGAUUAUCGAUCAGUACUUUUCAGGAGACGACAUUGAUGAAGAUUCCAGCUUGAUCCCGGAAAGCACUCAAGGAGGAACCUUCAACUUUGACCCUGCUUCCAACAUGCAAGCAAAGGAGUUUAAUUUCUGAAAAGAGAAGAUAAAAAAAACAAAAAAAGCCAGGAUGUUUGCUUCAACCAGCUGCACGGGUUACUCUAUAAUCUCCACCCCCCUCCCCAUGAUGACAUGCAUUCAUUUCGCCUCAAAUCUGGCACCCUGAUAUGGAAAGAUUGACUUCAACGUGGAUACUCACAGUCACUGAUGGAUUUCCGGCCCCCCACCACCACUUGUGCACUGUGGGGGUUGUAUUUAGCAUUUUUGUAAUGGGUCACUCCUUGCCACCAUCCGCCAGCCUGCAUCACAAGAAGGAUUUUUUGCUUCGACAUAUCACGCAACGCGGAAAAACGGGAAGGCCAAAACAGCGUCAGUGGCAACCUUUGAUCGCCAAAAUGUUCACGAGCACAUUUGAGUUGGUAGUCUCCCUCACUGACACACAUAGACACAUUUGGACAAUGAGUGUGCACACUUCUUUUGGAAGCUGUCAUAUCACAAACGGGAGAGAAAUACUGCUGUUUUGUUUUUAUGCCCUACCUUUGUCUCACACACCCACUAUUCGGGUCAUAAUGUUGAACCCCCAGGCACCUGGCCCACCCCUCCAAGUAAUGAUUAGCCAUAAUUAACGACGGAUAGAUCCCCUCACCCUCGCUCCCCACUCCACUGAGGGUGAAAGGGCUCCAAUGAUGGCAGACAGACUUGACCGGACGGACUUCACGAUGUCACUUUUUUUUUUUUUUUUUUUUUUUAAUGUGACUUUAAUUGAAUUAUUCAGUGGUGUGUACUAAAGCCCUUUUCCACAAAAGUGAAGUAACUGCCAUCAUUUUUUAUUUUUUCAUGUUUAAUUAAAACUGAACAAGCUGCUAAGAAGGACUUGGCAGAGUAAGAAAAGAGGUAACUGGGAAGUGCAGAAACUUUGUGACCACUGUAGCGUCUCCUCCCGAGGACUGGUCUGCACUGGACGUCCUAUUUGCUCAUGAUUCCCCUGUAAUGUGAAAAUCCAAGUUGGUGGUGGUGGGGGCCACAGGGGAGGUGGGGAUUAUAUCACAAUUUGCUAAAUCUGGGCUGAAUUGAAUAUUUGAUAUAUAUGAAUUGAAUUUUUAAUCGUUUUUUUUUUUUGUAAGUUUCAGUUCAUGAUGUGGUUACUUCUGGUUGGAUCUUCCAAUUGCGUUUUGUUUGGAGCUUCACCAUAUUUUAAUCUUAUGAGUAUAGGGCGGACUGUUAGGACCACUGGAGAAAAGGAAAAUUUUGAAUCACAAGAAAUGGGAGAAAACAGCGACAAGAAAAAAGUUGGAAUAUCAGGUGAAAAGGAAGAAAAAAAAAACGUGUAAAGUUUCACAUUAAGUUAAAAUGUUAUGCGGAAAAAGUUGUACAAAUUUUGUAGUGGUGCAUUUUGUGGUACUUCUUACUAGUAAAAUUGUAUUUAUUCUCAUUACGUUUUUCUUGUUUGAGGACAAUUGUUUUGCCAACAAAAUAUUUUUAGGUUUAAAUUUAUGAGCAGAAAAGUAAAAAUGACAAGUAAUAAUUGUGAAAUGUGGACUUCUUAAUACGAUAACUAUUCUACUAAAGUCUUGACUUAAACUAUGAGGUGAUGCUUUUAAAUUGAAAGAAAUUAGGAUAAAGAUGAAAUCCAGCCAUAAUUGACUUAGUUAUUGUGAUAAAAGUCCUAUUUCUUUCAUAAUACAACUUUUUCAUAUUCUCUUAAUACAAAAAUUACAACAUUUUUGUAAUUGGCUUCCUGGUAUGAUAACAUUGUAGCCUCUAAAAGAAUGUAAAAUUAUCCAAAAUGUAUUCUGAAGAGAAUGUAAUGCUGCGGUAAUAGAGUAAAAAUGCUAGGUGGGGAAAAAAAAAAGCCAAUUUAUUUUCGCUAUGUUGAACUUUUUCAAAAAGCUGUUUUUCAUAGCGUUGCGAGUUUUUCCGUAUAACAUUCCAUUUGGAGAAUAAAGUUGCAAUAUUAGAAAAGAAAAGAGUUACUAGAAGUGGUCUGAAUGUAGUAUUGGGGAAAAUUAGUGAAGUGACACAACCAAAAAGCAAAAUAUAUAUAUGUUGCAAUAUUAUAAGGGGAGAGGGGGGGGGGGGGUCACAAGAAAUGUUAGCUUAUGUUAAAAGAAAAUCCUGAGAAAUUCAUAGUAUUACAACAAUAUAUGAAUGUUGUGCAAAAAUUGUAUAUACACAUAUAUAUGCAAUGUUUUUCCCCGCGCAACAGUACAGCUUUUUCAAAGUGACGUUUGUCCGUAUCAAAUCGCUUUAUUCUCAUAACAUUUUCAUCGUGGUCAUAAUGUUUUGACAUUGUUUAUAUUUUUGAAGACUCUCACAACCGAGACUUUUUUUUUUUUUUAAGAUAGUGUUAUUUAGUUUAUUUUCAGCGUGGCCUCGUUUGUUUACAGGCUUUUUUGGUUCACUGACAAAAAUGAAAACGAAACUUCGGGGAGAGGAAGGUGCACCUUCACCGUACUUUUCAACACUCUUGGCUUGUAUAGAAAAUGUGAUGUGUAGCUCUCUUUGCCGUUCUAUUUACACACACAUACGUACACGUAUAUACAUAUAUGUGUGUGUAUGUGUAGCCUGUAAAAAGCUGCUGCAGCUGACACUCUUUGCAAGGACGACAACAAUGAUGACCUCGCUGUCUAUAAUGGCUGUCGAGCCUUCCCCCCCCCCCCCCUCUCUUUUUGUUGAAGCAAUAUUUCUGUUUUUAUUUUUGACUUGCAUAUGUAUUGUGAUGACAUGCUGGUUAUUAAUAAUCAGAACACUUUUAUUCACCCCCUUAGUGGUUUCGGGCCGAUGAUGUGCUGUCUCCCGAGACUUUAAAUGCUCCCCUGGUCUGUUGGUAACUACUGAGAGGGCGUAUUCACAAUUGCUGGGGGAUUGGGGGGGUGCUAGUUUAUAACGGAACAAAAAUUCUAGAGUGAGGGUGUACAGUCGUCAUGCAUUAGCAGACUAGACCGAGCCACUUUAAAGAUUUACAAUUAUGUUUGUCUUGUACCCGCAUUGGAUACAAGCUGAUGUUUGUUGCAAGAUUUUUACUUGCUCUUGAAAGAAAAAAAUAAGGUGUUUUAAAUGAAUACUAGAAGUAAAGCAACAGACAGCAUUUUGGCCUCUGAUUGUUUGUAUCUUUUUAUAAAUUUUAGAUUGAACUUUCUUCUCUCUUUAAGGUGGCUCAUUGAUGCUUUCAACUCCUGUGCAUAUUAAAGACAAAUAUGAGUUGGAAAAAAACAAAAAAGUCACGGUGCCUUUUGUUUUUGUCAUUUUGUUGAUUUUAAAACUAAUAGUCGGUCAGUGAAGGUGUGGGAAAGUUCAAGCAAAAUGGCUGCUCUCCGUUAAUCCUUUACAAACUUGAACUGAAAAUGGGUGAAUUAAUUUAGUGUUGCAAGAUUAAAAAUAAGCCUUUUCUUUAUUUUCUGUAGGUGCAGCGCUCCACACUUUGAAAAUCUUUGUAAUGGAGUAAUUAACACGCCAGAUGUUAUACCUGUACACACUUUGGUUGCCAUGGAGAUGCAAACACAAUUUUACAUGUUUGCCCCCUCCCACCACCACAAGCCAUCUUCGCCACGUAACCUCAUUCAGGGGGAUUUUUCAUAGCAUUUCUUCUCAUGGCACCCUCAGGACGUGACCUGUCUUUCUGAUCCGAAGCAAAAUAAAAACCUGCUGUUCAAGCCGAUGGGUCA